UCGGGGCGGGGGGGGGAGGGAGGCGGGUCCCGGCCGGGAGGCACCUGGGCAGGUUCGGGCAGCGGAAGAGGAGCCGGAGGGCCGCAGGGGCCGCGCGGAACGGCCCGCCACGGACGGACGCCCGACAUGAUGCGCUUCAUGCUCCUCUUCAGCCGCCAGGGCAAACUGCGCCUUCAGAAGUGGUACUUGGCCACCUCAGACAAGGACAAGAAGAAGAUGGUGAGAGAGCUCAUGCAGGUGGUCCUGGCGCGGAAGCCCAAGAUGUGCAGCUUCCUGGAGUGGAGGGACCUCAAGGUGGUCUACAAAAGGUAUGCCAGCUUGUAUUUCUGCUGCGCCAUCGAGGGCCAAGACAAUGAACUCAUCACUUUGGAGCUCAUCCAUCGAUAUGUGGAGCUGCUGGACAAGUACUUUGGCAGCGUGUGUGAGCUGGACAUCAUCUUCAACUUCGAGAAGGCCUACUUCAUCCUGGACGAGUUCCUGAUGGGGGGAGAGGUCCAGGACACCUCCAAGAAAAGCGUCCUCAAAGCCAUUGAGCAGGCGGACCUUUUGCAGGAGGUAGAGGAGGACGAGUCGCCCCGGAGCGUUUUGGAGGAGAUGGGCUUGGCAUAGACUUGGGAUCGCGAGCCGGCUCUCCCCCCCCCCUUGCCCCCGCCACUGCCCCUCGCGCCCCUUCGCCCCCCACGCAGUGUGGGUGAGAGCCUGGGGUGGCCACGCAAGCUCUGCAGCCGGCCUCCUGCCCAAGGAAUCUGCAAACCACACGAUGUAAAUACUGAACCACCAGCUCGGGGUGGGGGGGUGGGGUGCGCUGCGUCAGAGUGUUGGGGGGGGGGUGCAAGGAGGCAUUUUGCCCCAGCCUGUUGGGGGGCAGAGAGAGAGAGAGAGAGAGAGCAGCGUGGAAUUAUCUCCAUUCUCCAUCUUUUCUCUGGGCUUUUUUCUGUGCCCCUCCAAACUCUCCUACUUCUCCUACCGCCCGCCCCCCCCAAGCACCCCCCAAUCUGUUCACACCAGCAACGUGGCACUUCCUGCCGCCCCCAGACCUGUGACUCACCCGGGCAGCAUGUGACAGAUCCCAGAGAAGAAGCCUCUGCCGCCUUCCCUCCCUCUCCCUCUUUCUCAUUUUUUUUUGUGUAGGGAUGGCAAGCGCCCCACAGGUAUGUGGGGCACGUGGACACAGGUAGCCGGAGAUUCGGAGGAGCCUGCCGUUUGGAAGACCAGCAGCCCCCGCCUCCUAAACUUUGGGUGCCUGUAUUUCCCCCCACCCUCAGCUCCCCCCCAGCCUCUUUCCAAUAAGGCAUGAUCUUUCCGGACCCAAGGCGUGUGUGCGAGUGUCUUCUCUUGUUUUGGAAUAAAGCGUGUGAGGAAGACAGUG